CUGCAGAGCGGCCGUAACGUAGAGAAAGUCAGUCCGACGUUGGCGCCGCAACAGACGUAUACGGUGGUAGAACGCGCCUGCCUGUAAAAAGCCACCCUCCUGCCCCCGAUUACCUCACCCAUCGAAUCGGGGUACCACCCGCGAACUUUCUCUCUCAAUUAAUCGCGCGGGGGUAUAGAGAGGGGGGCAAGAAGCAAAAGAAAGAUAAGCGCGAAUGUGCCGCGCCAAUUGUUCGCGAAGGCAAUAUUAUUAAGGGAUAUUUUGGAAGAAGAGGAAAAUUGUUCGCGUCCUAAAUUCAUAUCCAGUAGGGGAUCGAGAUCGAUCCUCGGUGUUAAUAGAGGGUGUGGACCACGUAUCUACGGGGUUACCAGUGAUCAACGAGCGGGUAACCGAGCUCGUAGUGCCUUUUUCCUUUCGUUCUCCGUUUUCCGCGCGGGCCACCGUCCUCUAGUCCCGCCCCUUCCGGUUGGUACCGUCAGUUCUCGGCCCCGCGUGACAUUUUACUUCGUGACCGAGUAAUCUCUUCAUUUCUGCCGUGAGUGUUUAUUCUUGUUCCACUCUCGCUAAGAUCCCGGCCGCAGCAUGCUUUCGUUUUCGAAGACUUUCCCGCCGAUUCUUGCCGUGGCGCUCGUCAUCUGCAUCGGUGUCACACACGGUCUUAGAUGUUACAAAUGUGGACAGUACAAUGAGGGAGUUGGCAGCAUUACACCGUGCAUUAAUUCCACUGCACACAUGCUGAUAGAAUGCCCAUCCUCGGACGAAUGGUGUAUCAAAUACGUCAGCGAAGGAUCGAUAGUGCGAGACUGCGUGAACAAGUGCGUGGAAAAAGAGGCCUGGAGCACGAGGACGUACUGUUGCCAGCAAGAUGGCUGCAAUUCUGGCCCAUCGUUGACAGCGUCGAGCAGCACGUACUUCGUCCUAGCAAUCUCGUUGGCAGUCUUCGUGAUGUGCCGAAGCCUUCGUGGCUAAUACGUGUCGUCCUGUAAGACGAUGGAACUGCGCUGCGGACGUCACACGCCACCCUUCAUAAAACUUGAAUCACAAAAACUUGUACUUAGAGAGGGAAGUGGGAAGGGAAUGUUGCAACUUGCAUCUCAGACAUCUGUGCCGAACGAUCGAGGCUUUCUACAUGCGAAUCUAUACGGAGACGUCGAUAGUCGUCCUUUGGUCCUGUCAGAAAGUCCAAUAAAAUUUUAUGUCAUCGUUUAUAAUUGAACAUAUCUUUCUUUUUGCGAAGAUUAAUGUGUGCUUUCUAUUAUUUGAUAUCGAUUAUUCUGAAUAUGCUUAAUCAAAAUAAAGUUGACACUCGUGAUA